ACCGUAGUCCCACUUCCCUUCCUCACUCUCCGCUGGAAAAAAACGCCACCACAUCUGACCGCUCCUGACAGGGCUGCAGAAACACAACAGGCACCAGGCGAAGAGAGCACCGAUAGCAAGAUGCUGGCGCUAAUAAACCGGCUUCUGGACUGGUUCAAGUCCUUGUUUUGGAAGGAAGAGAUGGAGCUGACCCUGGUCGGCCUCCAGUACUCGGGGAAAACAACAUUUGUAAACGUGAUUGCUUCUGGCCACUUCAGUGAAGACAUGAUCCCAACAGUUGGAUUCAACAUGAGAAAAGUCACCAAAGGAAAUGUGACCAUCAAGAUAUGGGAUAUAGGAGGGCAGCCAAGGUUCAGGAGCAUGUGGGAACGAUACUGUCGGGGAGUCAAUGCAAUUGUGUACAUGGUUGACGCAGCAGACAGAGAAAAGGUAGAGGCGUCACGGAAUGAGCUUCAUAAUUUAUUAGACAAACCUCAGUUGCAAGGAAUUCCUGUUUUGGUACUUGGCAACAAAAGGGAUCUUCCAAAUGCAUUAGAUGAAAAGCAGCUUAUUGAAAAAAUGAAUCUGUCAGCUAUUCAAGACAGAGAGAUUUGCUGCUACUCAAUUUCCUGCAAAGAAAAAGACAACAUAGAUAUUACUCUUCAGUGGCUCAUCCAGCACUCAAAAUCCAGGAGGAGCUGAAAGCACUUAAUUGUUUCCUAAUGUUUUCUCUGUCAAGCCACAUUUAUCACUGCAAUUAUGUACAGUCAUGUUUCUGAAACCACGUGCGGCACUGUUAUACUUGCCAUUUACAUUCUUUUCUAUUUUAGCUUUGUUUUUCUGCAACAAGGCUCAAGAGUGCAUUACUGAAGGAACAAUGGUGUGUUAUGAUCGGCAUUGUAAUAUACUGUAAAAUGGUAUUACCUAGAGGUUAGCUUCUGAACAGCUUAGGCAUUUCCUGGUUGAAAUAUUUGAUAGUUUGUGACACUAAGGGUACAGAAAAUCAUGAAAGGCCUGUGACAAUUAAAUUAGGUUUCUGCAUACAGCUGAUGCCAAGAAAUGUCAUAUCUAUAUUAUUAUGUAAAUUUUCCUUUGAUAACUGCUUAAUAAAGCUGUUUUAAUUUUAGACGCGAUUGCAUUAAGAGAGGUCAGUUUAUGAAGAUUGUACAAAAAAUACAGCUAGUAUGAUUUUUAUGAUUGAUGCGUGUGAAUAUACUGUAUGAAACUAUUUAAAAGUUUGAAUGUACUAGUAGUAAGCUGUAUUGCAUUGGAUGGUUGGUUCUGUUCUUUAGCCUUCAUGUGAAGAUGUCUUUUGUGCUGCCUCUGAGCUUAAAGAGUGGCAGAAUAUGAAGUGCCUUGUGCGGUAUCUCUCACCUCUUGAAGCAAAGGGGCCUGCUGUCUGGGCUAUGUCAUUCACCAACUCAAUAUAUACAAAAAUUAAAGGCAAAUGUUUUAAUUUA